GUUCUAUAAAACAGUUAAAACUGUAACUACGAAGGUAUUUUACUGCCUUUUAAAUUUUGAUGAACUGUCGUCGCGUACAGUAAUUAAAUUUUCUUUUGAAUAUUAUUGGUCAUGAUUCAAAGUGUUCGCGCUGCUGGCGCUCUCGUCGCCCGAUCUCCUGGCAUCAGAUCGGGAGUGAAUGUGGGUGCCCGCGAAGUUGCUCCCGUGUUUUCCCUAAACCGAAGACAAGCUCGUCGUCAAGUACUUUUGCUGUACCGAGCCUGGUAUCGUGAAAUCCCGUAUUUCUUGAUGGAAUACCAUGUCCCUGUCAGUGCGGAACAGUGUCGAAAGCGUUUGAAGGAGAUAUUCAUGGCAAAUCGAAAUGUAACCGAUAUUCGCGUUAUCGACAUGCUGGUUGCAAAGGGUCAGAUGGAGCUGAGAGAAACUAUGGAAGUUUGGAAACAGGCAAUCCACCUCAUGUCGUUUUUCCGAGAUACAGAACCGCCCAAAUCGCAUAGCUUCCUGUCAAAGUUUCUGCACGGAAAGACAUAAUUUUGAAUUAAUUCGGAGCCGCGCAUUUAGAGCAUUUAAAUAUAAUUAUAAAAUAGACGUUAUUUCCUCGUACGGGAUGCUAAUGUAAUCUUUUGUGUGUUCUGCAGCAUUAUGAUGCGUGCUUCAUCAGCCUUGUACAGAUAAUUAUUGCACCUUGCGAAAUGGACCGUGCAACAAAAAUCAAGUCUCUUUA